AUGAAGCUUCUCUUUUUUACCAUUGCUACUGUAUUAGCAUCUGUCCUUGCCUCUACGAUCGAGCCCCCUGCUUCUGCAUUAAAGAACGAUACGACUAUCGCAGAGCCUGACCAAGAAAUCUGUAUCUUGUCCAUUGUUCCUUGCCCCAAGAGAUGCCGUGAUACCUGCAUCUAUCCUGAUGUACCUUGCCCCAAGACACACCCUCCACAUUGUCCAAAUGAAACGCCCAAGCACUGGCCACUUCACCAGAAGAGAUCUGAUUCCACCGUCAGAAGCAAUACCGUUGUUUCUGAACAAGAUGAUGGUAUUGAGGAAACCAACUGUUUGGACCGUCCAUGUCCCAGAGUUAUUUUCAAACCUUGUCCUAAAGCAUGUCCCUCCAGUUGCGAGUUCCAGAACCCUGCAAAUCCCUGUUGCCCUUACUCUGGUAAACCAGUUUGUAUGGCAUUGAACUAA